UGUCCAGCGGGCAUGGCACACUGCUUGGGGGUCCUUUGCCUGGUCUCUCUCUCCUUCUGGAGCGUCUUGCAGGUGUCUGGCGAUCACCAGGUCAUGGACUGCUGCUUGCGCACCAGCCCAGUUCCCUUCCCCCACAAGUUGGUCCGCAAUUACCGGGAACAGCGUAUCCAAGAAGGCUGCCCUGUCCAUGCUGUGGUUUUAAUCACGGUGCGAGGGAAGCAGCUCUGCGCCCCUCCCUCUGCUAGAUGGGUGAAGCACCUGAAAAGGAUGCUGGACCGCCGGCACCACCACAAGAAAUCAUCCGGGACUUUCCCUUAAACUGCCGGCUGACCAGCUUGCCUCCUGGAAGAAGGGCCUCAGAUAAUCAGCUUCCUGCAACUUGUGGGUUCCCCAAGAUGGACCAAUGGUCUCAUCCAGCAAGGCAGCUCUUACGUUCUUACAUGCAAGCAGUUUGCCCGCGUGGCUGAGCCGUUUCAGGAUCUUUUCCCUUUGACAUCCGUAAUGUCCCUCCUGUGUGGUCUGUGUUUGAAAA